AUGACUACCUCGGAAAUCACAAAGACGCCCGAAAACGAGCCUCUAUUGGCUACUGCAUCUCAACUCCAGGGAUUGGUGGAGUCUUUCAUUGAGUUGGGGGUUUUAGUGCACGACAACCAGGGCACUCAUCAAUCUCACACAGCAUUGACCCACAAGACCAACCAGGUAAUCAGCCAGCUCUCUGGACUCACCAAUAGUCCUUUCACACAGCAGUAUCCUAUUCCCAUUGACGUGAUUAGUUACAUUGAGGACGGAAGAAAUCCUGAUAUCUACACAAGAGAGUUUGUGGAGGUUACAGCGAAGUCGAACGCCAGACUUAAAGGAAAGAUGUUGGGGUUUGCUACGCUUCGGAAAGUGCUUGGAGACAAGUUGGUUGAGGAAUUUCCCCAUUUGGCUGGUGCGGUAGAGAACAUCAAUAGUCGAACCGAUAGCGCAGGCGCUGGUUGA